AUGUCGGAAAACGAAAAUCCACCUGCGGAACUAAACCAAUCGUGGCUCCAUAGCGAGACGUCACGACGAGCGCGUAGAAAUAGACCGUUAAGCCCCGUGCAAACGACCGAAGAAGGCGUAAACGAUAAUCGCGAAACCGUGCGUAGAAAUUUAGACGCGUACUACUCAAGCGAAAGCGAAUCAGAAUCGGAAUUACACCCGAACAGCGUAAUCGAACGCGAACAAAUCGACGAUUCCGUUAUAAUUUUAGACGCGAGAGUAAUAGGACAAAAUAACUGCCCCGACGAAAAUAGACUCCACCCCUCACACGCGCACGCACAAUCCGAAGACGCGAACAGUACGACCAGUAGGCGAACACACAGACGAGAGUUCUCAUUGACUUCGUAUGAUAGCAGCGUAUUUGACCCGCAAGAAUAUUAUUCUGCCCCGAGACACGUGAACAUAAUCGAGAUGGCGGAAGCAACAAAUAGCAACCACGACGCGAAUAACGUAAAUGACAACGCGCCGAUAACCCCAGAGGAAAUAGACGAAGAAAUAAACCGUCUUAAUCAAGUGCUAUCACAAAGAGGCACCCCGGCGAAUCACCGUAACCGGAUACCCGCACGGGCCGAACCGCCGCGAGACGAUAGAGAUUCCAUUCUCGACGAGAUAUUAAAUGGAAUCCGCAACUUACAAGAUCGCGUAAAUCAACUAGAAACGGCGAAUCUUGAACGCCGCGAAUUUCACGCGAGACGCAAGCCAAGUAACCUCCCGUUUGAAGUAACGUACGGAAGAACGUCAUAUGAUAUUCGGAACCAAGCGGAGCGCGCAAUCGGAUAUCUACGUUUAAAAGAGGCACGAGACAUGAUACCUGAGUUCGACGGAACCUCGAGUAAAUUACAAGAAUUCUUAAACGCCGCGUCAUAUGCAAUGAAAAACAUAAAUCCUAUGGAGGAAGGAACGCUAUUAGAAGCAGUGCUAUGCACAAAGCUAAAAGGAAGAGCGAUGAUAGACUUUCAAACGCGAGAGAUAAGAGAUUUCGCACAACUAAAGAAGGAAUUAGAAGUUUGCUAUUUGAGCCGCAAAAGCACAACACACUUACAACUAGAGUUUAAUACACUCAAGCAAAAACCCGGAGAAAAUGCAAGAGCAUUCGGAUUAAGAGCCGAUAAGCUAGCGAUGGAGCUAUACGACUCCAUGAUAGAGGGAAGAAAUCACACCAUAGAAAGCAAGCGAACUAUAUUAGAAAUGAUUCAACAACAGGCAUUACAGAAUUUCCAAUUAGGAUUGAGAGACGAGAUCAAGUUACUUGUCCGAGCUCAGCAUUUCGCAACAUUGCAAGAAGCGAUUGCCGGAGCGAGCGCCGAAGAAAAAGUAAACGGGCCGAGUGGAAUUCCGCCGCGUCCCAAAAAUAAUUAUGCGUACUUGCCGCAACCGCGCGAUAACCGAUCGACGUUACAAUGCCAAAAAUGCGGAAAAUACGGGCACCUCGGAAGGGAAUGUCGUACCAAUAGAUAUGCGAACCGUUUCUCCUUACCAAAACCCGAUAGAACACCCCGCGUAAACGCGAUAGAUAAAGUCUGCAAUUACUGCAAGAAGGCAGGACACAUGCGCGAAGAAUGUUGGUUGUUAAUUGGUCGACCAAAUAAAGAAAGGACGAACCACAACAAACCUAAUAAUCCGCGAGGACAAAAUAAAAAUUUUCCCCCGAAAACGAAUGGCCCGAGAAAAAAGGACAGUAAUUCAGCCGCGAAUAGCGAUGAGGAAGAUAAAGAGGACACAAAGCAGCGCCGACCGGCGUUAGAGUAUCAGGUGUCACACCUGACGAACAAGCCGCGAAAGCAUGCAGGGCUGGACUUAAUCACUCUGCCCAUGCGAGAAGCGAAGCGCGAAAAAAUAAAUUUACUGUUCGAUACCGGAGCGGCCGUAUCAAUAAUAAAAGUAAAACAUUUGAAAGGCGAAACAAUGAUAAAAGAGGAUAAAAUGGCCCUUACAGGAGUAACAGGUCACAAAGCCCAUACAAUUGGAAAAUUUGCAGCAACUAUUGACUUGAAAGAUAGAAAGAUCAAGCACACGAUAUAUGUCGUCAAAGAUGAUUUUCCGAUAGAAUACGACGGAAUACUAGGCGCAGAAGAGACAAUACCAGGAGUGUUCAUAGGAAAUUGCCUAGUGAUGCCAGAAAACUUUCUAUGUCCGGCAAGCAUACUAAAUACGACGGAGAAGACAGUCGAAAUGCUAAUGCCGCAAGUAACAUUAGAAGAGUUAGAGCAAGAAGAAGCAAAAAAGAUAGAAAUAAACCAAGUAGACAAGGCAGAAGAAACAAUGCCGCGUAGCGAAAAAGUCGAAAAAUUGAUACGCACACAACACUUAAACGAAGAAGAAAAGAAAACCAUUAUGGAAAUUUGCAGAGAUUACAGCGAUGUAUUGCAUGUGGAAGGAGAACCACUGACAUGCACUGAUAUCGUCGCGCAUAAGAUUACCACGAAGGCGGGCAGCGUACCGGUCAACGUCCGACCGUACCGUUUGCCAGAAAAGCACAAGGAAGAAGUGAAUAGACAAGUGAAAGAGAUGUUGAAAAACGGAAUUAUUAGACAUAGCACGAGCCCGUGGAAUGCGCCGUUGCUAGUAGUACCGAAGAAAAGAGACGCAUCAGGAAAAUUAAAACUGAGAGUGGUAAUAGAUUUUCGGUUUGUGAACGACCUAACGGAGGGAGAUUCCUUCCAAUUGCCAAACAUAACCGAUAUCCUAGACCAACUGGGAAAAGCAAAAUAUUUUACCACGCUAGACCUCGCCUCGGGAUAUCAUCAAAUCCCGAUGGAAGAAGAAGAUAAAGAAAAAACAGCGUUCUCGACACAAUACGGACAUUACGAGUAUAAUCAAAUGCCUUUUGGACUGAAAAAUGCCCCAGCGACAUUUCAACGAGCAAUAAUAGCCGUUUUAGCAGGACUAGUAGGAUUACAAUGCUUAGUCUAUCUAGACGAUAUAAUAGUAUACGGAGCAAGUUUACAAGAGCACAAUAAGAGAUUAAUUGAAGUGCUAAAAAGACUGAGAAAAUAUAAUUUGAAAUUACAGCCCGAUAAAUGCGAAUUCCUUCGGAAAGAAGUGACGUAUCUCGGACAUGUAAUAACAGAAAACGGAAUCUCGCCAGACCCUACAAAAUUAGAAGCAGUAAAAAGCUUCCCGAGACCAACAAAAGUAAAGAACAUCCAGGCUUUCGUAGGAUUAGCCGGAUAUUAUAAAAGAUUUAUUAAAGAUUUUUCAGCAAUCGCCAAGCCACUCACAAAAAUGACCAGAAAAGAUAUCAAAUUCGAGUGGAACGCAGAACAACAAAACGCAUUUGAAAUACUUAAAGAAAAACUAACCACAGCACCGGUAUUAAAAUACCCGGACUUCUCCCAAGAAUUUGUAGUAACGACCGACGCGUCAGAUUACGCAAUAGGAGCCAUACUGUCACAGGGAAAGAUAGGUCAAGAUCAACCCGUGGCGUAUGCGAGCAGAGUACUAUCUAAAGCCGAGCAAAAUUACAAUACUACCGAGAAAGAAUUACUAGCGAUAGUAUGGGCGGUGAAACACUUCCGACCAUACGUUUAUGGAACAAAAUUUAUCAUCGUGACAGACCAUAAAUCAUUGGUUUGGCUAUUUAACGUAAAGGACCCCGGAUCACGAUUAAUCCGAUGGAGAUUGAAAUUAGAAGAAUACGAUUACACUAUCGUACACAAGGCCGGUCAAGAGAAUAGAAACGCGGAUGCGCUGAGUCGACAUGAGGACAUCAGGGUGUGGAACGCACCAUAA